GCAGAGGAGAGGUAACGGCAGCACAAGAGAGACUUGGUAAUGCUGGAAACGUCACAGUGAGGUGUUGAAACCACAAAACAGGGAUAUUUGUCCCAAUGUGUAUUGAAAAGUUUACAUAGCAGUGAUUCCCUUGACAUAAUGGCAAAAACUGCUGAAGUGAAAAUAGCAAUCUUUGGGAGAGCUGGUGUUGGAAAAUCUGCUCUUGUGGUGAGGUUUCUAACCAAGCGAUUCAUCUGGGAAUACGAUCCAACUUUAGAGUCUACGUAUCGGCAUCAAGCAACCAUUGAUGAUGACCUGGUUACCAUGGAAUUGCUGGAUACUGCUGGCCAGGAGGAUAUUAUUCAAAGAGAGGGGCAUGCACGGUGGGCAGACGGAUUUGCAAUAGUCUAUGACAUUACAGAUAAAGGAAGUUUUGAUGAAGUCCUACCAUUUAAGAACCUUCUUGAUGAGAUCAAAAAACCAAAGAAUGUAACUUUCAUUUUGGUGGGAAAUAAAGCCGACUUGGAUCACUCUAGACAAGUCAGCACUGAAGAGGGAGAAAAACUAGCAACAGAACUGGCCUGUGCAUUUUAUGAGUGUUCGGCAUGCACAGGGGAGGGAAACAUCUCUGAAGCCUUUUAUGACCUGUGUCGAGAAGUAAGGAGACGGAAAAUGGUACAGGGAAAAACAAGAAGAAGAAGUUCCACAACACAUGUUAAGCAGGCCAUUAACAAAAUGUUAACUAAAAUCAGCAGCUGAAAAGUGAAUGGGGGCAUUUGUUCAUAAAAUUAAUUUUGUAUUUUCUGUCUGAAUAUUCAAACACAGGGUUUAUUGAUGACAAACACUGCACACCUGUUUUUAUAUAAGACUCAUUUGUGCCACUACUGCACACCGUUACCACUGCUGACCCACAAAAUCCAUGGGUACUUAGAGAAUUGCAUUGUUUUCCUAGAAGAGUUAGUGGCCAUUGUAUUUGAACUACCCUGCUUAACAACCAAAAGCUUAUGACUUGUGCAUCUGUCAAAUUAAGUCAUUCCUUGAAAUUGGGACAUAGGAGAAAAGGUGUAGAGGUCAUUAUUGCAUGUCCUUAUCUAUUACUCUUCUUAAUACAAUAUAUGCACUACUGUAAGAGCACAGUUUGGACAUAAAAUUAUUUCAUUUGAUAGCAAACCAGCAUCAGAGUGUUUAGGUGGUUAAUCAGUCAGCCCUGCAGUUUAUAUUGUUCAAGGUUUCUUUUAAGGGGGUGGCGGCAUCUUAAGGGGUGUUCUGACUGGAUUAGGGUAAUCUUUUUGGAAGCUUAGCCUGCAAAUAGACAAAAAAUCCCCCACAAAAACAAGUGUUGCGGAGUUAUAUGCCUUUCAUUGCUGUCCUACAAAAUUGAUCUUAAUAAGCAGUAAUCUGGUUCCAGAACCAUUGACUUUUCCUCUCAUCCCAAACACCUAUUAAAUGGCUGUACUCAAGAGGAUCAAGUUUUUUAGGACAUUGGUUCUUAUUUUAAUUAACCUGUCUGAUUGACAGCCACCAGCACCCAAAAAAACUAUUGCUCUAUUUUUGUUAAUCUUAGUUUUCAUCACUUAUCUGUUUUAUUCAGGCCCUAUACUAUUCAUUUCCACAUUCCACACUGGUUGGUAGCGUAAUUUCCCCUCAAAUUAUUACACUGAAAAAAAUGCAGCACACCCAAUAACAAUGACAGUUUGCCAGUAUAACACUAGUAAAUGACCCACUAUAUGUGUUUGUACCACGUAUUUAUACCAGUAGUGGAUGGUUCUAUCUAGUCUGUCCCUUCACCUUUUAGGUACAUUUUCCCAUAUGUUAUCCCCAUAUAUCCUUGUUUUACUAUUAGGAUACCUUAUUAAAAGAGAACUAAACCCUACCCCAUACUCAGUCUCCUCGUGUGCUGACCUGCUAUAAAUGCAGUUUCACAGUUCAAAGGUGUAUCUUCCAUCUUCUGAUCCUCUUCUGUUCUGGAUACUGAUGCACAGUAGAAGCCUAUUCAGGACAUAGAUUCAACUGCGCAUGCUCCAUGUCUGCGGAUCAGAAGAUCGGGGAAGAUGGCUCCUUUGAACUCCACUGCACAACUUUGCACUGCACAACUGCAGGUCAGCACACAGGGAGACUUCUGAAAAGAAUAGAUGCCAACAUAUUGUUUACUGAGAUUAUAUAUGAUUUAUUCGUUUCUUACCCAGUCGAAUUUAAUAUCUGAGGUCCCUAUCACACACUAGGGCUAAUUUUAUUAGGAGCCAAUGAACUUCCUCUAUGUGUUCCUCAGCAAAUUAGUGUUUCUUAUAGUCUAACAACAUUUUGGAGUUAUGAAAUAUGGAUCAUAGUACAAUAUUUCCAGAUGCUUUACUUAAGAAUUCCCAUAGCAAUCAGUGAUUAGCUUAUCUCAGCCUGCUGCAGGUAGAACAAUGAAAGCAUGAAUCUGAUUGGCUGUUAUGGGUUACUGUCCAGUUGCAAAUUUGCCCAGUGUUUAUAAAUAACCCCCUUAUCUUGUACAGAACUGAUGUAUGUUGUUCCACAUUGUAAAUCGCUUAUAGUAAAUAUUUUUAAUGGAUAAUCAUAGGCCUUGAUGAUCAGUGCAUGCUAUGGCAGUAAAAUAACAUUUAUGCAAAACGUAUGUAUAAGUGGUAGUAAAGUUAUGAAGAUUUGUAAGUUUGCACUACAGACUAUAUGCAUCUGUAAAAACAUUUCUGUAUUAAAAUAUAUUCCAUA